AUGUCAUCCCACUACAACACCGAGCCACCUCCAACGGCCUCUGCCACUCUCCAGACAACAGUCGGGCCCAUCCACAUUUCCCUUUUUGCCAAACAGACUCCGCUCGCCUGCAAAAAUUUCCUCCAACACUGUCUAGAUGGAUACUACACAAACACCACCUUCCACCGUGUGGUGCCCAAUUUCGUCGUUCAAGCCGGCGAUCCCACGGGCACAGGUUCCGGCGGCUCAUCGAUCUAUGAAGAUGCGGAAUUCGAGCGCGACCCUCGCGAUCCAAGCCAGAAGAUUGUGUUCGGUGAUGAAAUUCAUAGUCGCUUGAAGUUUAACAGGCGUGGCCUUGUCGGGAUGGCUAAGGGUGAAGAUGGGAGGUACGGGAGUCAAUUUUUUAUCACACUAGCACCGGCAGAAAGGGAGUUGACGGGCACAUGCACCUUGUUUGGGAGGCUGGAGGGCGAGAGUAUAUAUAACAUCGUGAAGAUCGCGGAGGCAGAGUUGGUGGAGGGCACAGAGAGACCUGUUUAUUCAGUGAAAAUUACAGGAUGCGAAGUUGAUGACCUUGGUCCGUUUGAUGGGCAACUGCGAAAGAGAGAGAAGAUUGCUAUUGCGGAGAAAGAACCCGAGGUUAGAAAGGAGAGCUCUAAGAAAAAGAAGAAGCAAGUGAAGACGCUGUUGAGUUUUGGCGCUGGUGAAGAAGAGGAUGAGGAAUCUUUGCCUAUUUCCAAGCCCAAGAAACCAAAAUUCAACACAAGUCUUGUCAUGGAUAUGUUACCUGCAGACGAAAAGAGACGAGGAUCCUUGCCAGAACGAAGUUCACAAUCAGCAACUCAAACAUCAGGGUCAGUUGAACAACAUUCAAAUUCGAGACUAUCCGGCAAGCAAUUCCGAUCCCCUCUGCGAUCCCAUUCUCCACAAACCAGCCGCAGACUAUCACGAGACCCCAACACGCAACUUCCUCUCCCAGACCCAGAAAGCCCUCGUUCUCCGUCCCCUUCGCCAGACCAGUCUCCCCAGCGUUCAAGAGCGUCCAAACUAAAUGCAGAAAUCGAGUCUCUCAAAGCAUCAAUGCGACGAACCACCGGACCUGCCUCCAGCGAGCCCACAAGGAUAAAAUCGGCCCUGGAGUCACUCAUUCCCAAAAAUUCCAUACGGGGACGCAAGCGUCCCGCUCCCGGCUCCGCCAACGGAGCAGACACAAACGGCAGAUCAGAGGAAGCAGAUACCUUAAAACGCCUCAAUGCCUUUAAAGCAAAACUCGAAAAGGCCGACGAAGAGGCGACCAAAAAGAAGCCACAAAUAUCCAAAUCAAGCACCACCACCACCACCACCACCAUCACCAACGACGAACCGACCAGACAACCCCAGACAUCCAGGAGGGAGCUAGGAGAUGCAGAAGACGAAGAAGCUCAAAUCUGCGAUCUCCAUUUCAUUGCAAACUGCCAAUCCUGUCGCGCCUGGGACCUUCGAGAUUCUGGAACGGGACUCGGUGCAGAUCAUGAGGAUGACAAUGCGAUGGACUGGAUGACGCAUGAGCUCAAGUUUGCGAAGGACAGGCUGGGCAAGGACCAGACGUGGAAAGAGUCAAACCGUGACGUGGAUGAUCUGGUGGUCAUUGAUCCAAGGCAGAAAGAGAAGGAGAUUAGGGGUGGGAGGAAGCAGGAGUCUGGGCGGGAUAGGGAACGGGCUAGAGAGCUGGAGAGGGAGAGGAAGAUGGAGUGGGCUCGAAAGCAGGGACAUUCGCGGUGAUGUACGUCGGUAUUCAUUUUCAUUUCUCGCUUUCUGUCUCGUAUAUAGCGCGGGCAUAUGUGAUUGUCGCAUGUGCUGUACAGUACUUGCUACACACAUAUGUAGCUCUUUCGAAAAGUGAUUCCCCUGGGACGGAGAUACGUUCAGUGUCAUC